AUGAAGUCCACAAACCAAACGGAGUUCUAUUUCCGUCCCUUUUCAACCCUGCCGGGAAUACAACUUGUGAUUUUCCUGCUCUUUUUCUCCCUCUAUGUGCUCAGCCUCUGUGGAAAUGGUGCUGUACUGCUUGUCGUCUAUGUUGACCGCUCCCUCCACAACCCCAUGUAUUUUUUCUUGGGCAACCUAGCAGUGUUGGAGAUCUGUUACUCUUCUGCCAUUGCACCAGUAGCCUUGGCCAACCUUCUGUCCAGGAAAGCUGCCACCAUCUCCUUAAGUGGGUGUGGAACCCAGAUGUUUUUCUUCAUCCUCCUGGGAGGGGCAGACUGUGUCCUGUUGGCUGUCAUGGCAUACGAUCGAUACUUGGCAAUUUGCUAUCCACUGCACUACUUGCUCAUCAUGAGCCAAACAGUGUGUACAGGCCUUGUUGCUGCAUCCUGGCUGCUAGGAUUCUUCCUGUCUUUACAGCUGACCAUUCUCAUCUUCUGCCUCCCUUUCUGUGGCACCAAUGAAAUCAAUCACUUUUUUUGUGACAUUCCAGCUAUUCUGAGGUUGGCUUGUGGUGACACCUAUGCCCAUCAGGCUGCUAUCUUCAUCGGUGGUGUUACUGUCCUGACCAUACCCUUCUUUCUCAUCUGUAUCUCAUAUGCCUUUAUUGUGGUAGCUAUGUUGCAAAUCCACUCAGAUGAAGGCCGGCAACGAGCCUUCUCCACUUGCUCUUCCCACUUUAUGGUUGUCCUCUUACAAUACGGCUGUUGCAGUUUCAUAUACCUACGUCCCAGCUCCAGCUACUUACCAGAGGAAGGGCGGGCAGUAUCUGUAGUCUACACUUUUUUUACUCCCUUAUUGAACCCUCUGAUUUACAGCAUGAGAAACAAAGAACUGAAGGAAGCACUGUGCAAAACCUUGAGAAGAAGAGUGCUUUCCUGGAAAAAAUGA